AUGAGGCAUGGAAAAGUCCUUUUGAAGCUCAGUCGCAAAUCUAAGCCUAGGAAUAAGCUUUUAAGAAACCUUCUGACUUCUCUUAUAGAGCAUGAAAGAAUUGUGACGACCCAAGCCAAAGCGAAAGCUAUAAGUGGCCUAGCAGACAAAAUUAUUACUUUUGGGAAAAAAACUAAUAUCACGGACGAAAGAAAAAGGAUCCUUUUGAGGGCUUAUUUAUAUACUGACAGAGCUGUCGAAAAAGUAAUGAGUGAGUUGGUCCCAAGGUUCCAAAAUAGAACUCAUAACUAUACAAUGAGGUCUUUUGAAGAAAGAAGAAAAGGUGAUGGAGCAGUGAUGCAUACAAUUCAGUAUUUUGGGAAUAAAUAUUUAGAAGAAGAACGUGAGAAUAGAUAUGUCAAUGCAAUGCCUGAUUUUUCGCUGGGGAUUUUAAACGAAGAAUUAGGAUUCUUCCAAAGUGCGCUUAGUGACUUGACUAAAAAGGAAGAAAAAAUAAAUUUAGCAGAUGCCUCAAAAGAGAUGGAAGGAAAGCCAGUUUUAGGGACAAAAGAAGUGGAGGAUAAAAUAAAGUUUUUUGAAAAACAAAUUGAUAGGGUUAAGAGGGAGAUUGAGAAAUGGCAACUAAAGAGAGAUCCUAACGAAGAGCCACCAGGAAUGGAAGAAGAACCUAAGAAGGAAGGAGAAAAACUAGAAGGAGCUGAAGCUGAUAAAAGCAGCAAAAAGUGGCUAAAAUAA